AUGGGUAACGCAAUCGGUCCCCGGAAGCUGGAAACGGCGGCGAUGGCUGCCGGAAAAGUUGUAUUGUCCGACGGAAGAGUACAAAACUUAGAGGAAGAGACGACGGUAGCUGAGAUCAUGCUGGAGAAUCCUCAACACGUCGUUGUCGAGUUUGAUCCUUCAUCGAUAACAUUCAACAAAGAUGGGAAGACGGUGAAGAAGAAGCUGACUCCUCUACCGGCAGACAACACACUCGAGCCGGGAAAAAUCUACUUGGUCCUCCCGGCCAAAAGAAGCGGUAGCGGCGGCGUUAAACCACCAUCAUCAUCAUCGGCGGUGAUGACGUCAGAGGAGAUGCGUAAAAUGCUGUUUAGUGCCACGGCGAUGGUAAGAUCAUCGUUUAGCUACUACGAUGGGAUUCUUCCUUGGUUUACUUCUAAAAGUUAUAAUAAUAAGCCGGCGGUUGAUGCGGUGGUGGCUGCCACGUCGGUUGGAAAGUUGGAGGCUGUGACGGAGGAGGAAGGGAGGUCGGAGUUUUUGAGCAGGCAAUUGUCGGGAAGAGGGUGGAGACCAAGCUUGGAUCCUAUCAAGGAGAAGAAAGCAAAGAAGAAAAUCCAUAAACUGUUGUCGUUUUAGUUACGGCGUCGUUUCAGUGUGUAUCCCUUUUCCUUUGUAUUUUGUUUCUGCAUGUGGUAUAUAUAGUCGUAAAGCGUUUCGUUACGUGCGUGUGUACAUGUACGCCGGCCACGAGAAACUCAUGAGUGAAUCCUAAAACUAUCUUACGCAGUUAA